CAUACAAUUUGGCCGCUCAGCAGUCAAACGCGCCGGUCUCGCAAGCGUAAACCUAACAUUCGCUCCCCGAACACGGAGCAGCGUGGAGGUGUUGGUGCGUAUUCCGUUCAUCCGUUCAAGCACCGUUCGAAAGUGAUCACGGGCGGGUGUUUUUAAACGUAAAAGAUGUUUGUCACCGUCACACUGCUGGUGACGGCGAUCACGUUCGUGUACGUGUAUCUGGCAUGGUACAGCAACUACUGGACGAAGCGGGGCGUUCCGGGACCGGCGCCGCGGCUACUGUUCGGUAACUUUCCCAGCUUCAUCCUGCGCAACCGCCCGUUCGUGGAUGACUUUCAGGACAUUUACGACAAGUACCGCUCGAAGGGCAAUGUGAUUGGCGUCUUCAAUGGGCGCCAACCGGCAGUGCUGGUGAUGAAGCCCGAACUCAUCAAAGACGUGCUGAUAAAGAACUUUAAACAGUUCCAAGAUAACGAGUUUGCCGAUUCGGUCAGCAAGGACAGCGAUCCCAUCUUUGGCCGCAAUCCCUUCAUGCUCAAGGGCGAAGAGUGGAAGGAGAAGCGUGCCGAGGUGACGCCGGCCUUUACCACGUCCCGGAUGAAGGCCCUGUUUCCGUUCGUGGAGGACGUAUCGAACCGGAUGAAGCAGUACAUCGCGCAGCACACCACCAAAGGACCGAUCGAGACGCGUGAACUCUGUGCCAAGUACACGACCGACGUCGUGUCGAGCUGCAUCUUUGCGGCCGACGCGCAAUCGUUCACCAAAGAGAAGGCCGAAAUACGCGAGAUGGGCCGGAAGCUUCUCGAGCCGAACUUCCAAAUCGUCGUGAUGUUUCUGCUGAUCGGGUUAAUACCGGCGCUCAAGAAGCUGAUCAAGAUUUCGUUCGUGUCGAAAGAGAUAGAACAGUUCUUUACCGAUCUGAUGGAGAAAGCGGUCGCCUACCGGGAGCAAAACAAUGUUAAGCGCGUCGACUAUCUCGAUCAUCUGAUGGCACUGCGCGCGAAGAAGCAGCUCAGCUCGCUCGAUAUGGCCGCGCACGGUGUGACCUUCUUCAUCGAUGGCUUCGAAACGUCCAGCCUGGCAAUGUGCUUUACGCUUUACGAGCUGGCCAGAAAUCCGGACUGCCAGGAGACGCUCCGGAGCGAACUGAUGGCCGCUCGGAAUGAGGACGGCAGCAUCGAUUACGAUGCACUGCUGGAACUGCCCUACCUCGAUCAGGUGUUGUACGAGGCACUGCGCAUUUGGCCACCGGCCGCCUUCUUGUCAAAGGUAUGCACCGUGCCCACCGAGCUGGAGGUAACGGACGGCAAGAAGGUGCUGAUCGAACGGGGCCUCCCGGUAAUGCUGCCCGUGUGGGCCGUCCAUCGCGACAAGGAGUACUACGAGGAGCCGGAACGCUUUAAUCCGGACCGCUUCUCGCCGGCAACAGGCGGCACCAAGGUGUACCGUGAGAAGGGCUGCUUCCUACCGUUCGGCGACGGACCGCGGCAGUGUCUCGGUAUGCGCUUCGCACUGAUGCAGGUUAAGCGGGGUCUGUUCGAGGUGAUCACCAAGUACGAGGUGUCGGUCAACUCGAAAUCGAAACAGCCAAUCCAGCUGGAUCCGAAAGCGUUCAUCGUGUGUCCGCUGGGCGUUGUGGCCUUCGUCGCAUUAGUGUAUAUAUUUCUUACGUGGGAGUUUGGAUUCUGGGAGAAGUAUGGCGUCAAGGGACCGAAACCGAAAAUACUGCUCGGCAACAUACCGUACUUGCUGACCAAAAAGCGGCACACCGUCUACAAUUAUGAUCAACUUUACAAUGACUUCAAAAAUGAACCAGCCGUCGGAUUCUUCAGUAUACGGUCGCCUCAGCUAAUGGUACGUGAUCCGGAGCUGAUCAAAGAGGUGCUGAGCAAAGGCUUCCAAAACUUUGCCGAAAAUGAUUUUUCGGACACUGUUGACGAAAAGUCCGAUCCACUGCUAGCCCGCAAUCCGUUCAGCUUGAGUGGGGAAAGAUGGAAAACCCGCCGGGCGGAGAUUACCCCUGGAUUCACCAACAAUCGGAUUAAAGCGAUGGCACAUUUGAUGGACGAAGUUUGCGAACAUAUGACCGAUUAUUUGCGAACACAGGCCAAAUCCAGUGACGGCGUAGCAACGUUGGAUGCAAAGGAGGUCAUGGCAAAGUACACCACCGAUGUAGUGGCCAGCUGCAUCUUCGCCAUCGAUGCCCAGUCGUUCGUGAAAGAAAAUCCGGAAAUUCGUCUGAUGGGCAAGCGUAUCAUGAACUUUAACUUUGUCGUGCAGCUUGCCCUGCUGGUAACGACCUUCUUCCCGUCGGUCAAGAAAUUCUACAAGUUUACCUUCAUCCCGAAGGAUACGGAGCAGUUCUUCAUUCGCAUCAUGCAGGACGCGAUACGCUAUCGGAAGGAGAAUAAAAUCAACCGGACCGAUUUUCUGGACCAUCUGCUGCAGCUGCAGGAUCGCAAGCAGAUUACGGACAUCGACAUCGCCGGGCAUGGUGUGUCGUUCUUUGCCGAUGGGUUUGAAACAUCCAGCAUCGUGCUGACCUACUGCCUGUACGAUCUGGCCAAAUAUCCGGCCAUCCAGCAGGAGCUGCGCGAUGAAAUUGCAAAGGCAAAGCAGGUGGGCGGUGGAACCAUGUCGUACGAGCAGCUGGGUGAAAUGGCCCUGCUGGAACAGAUUAUUUGUGAAUCUAUGCGCAUCCAUCCGCUGAUGGCCGUCAUGGCCAAGCGGUGCACCACUGAUACGACGCUCGUCGGGCCGAAGGAUCGUAAAAUAUUCGUCAAAAAGGGUACAACCGUUGUGCUGCCGUACUAUUCGAUCUGCUUCGAUGCGGAACACUUUGUCGAUCCGUAUAAGUACGACCCGAAACGGUUCGCGGCCGAAAACGGAGGCAGCAAGGCGUACCGCGAGCGUGGCGUUUACUUCCCGUUCGGUGAUGGUCCGCGCAUGUGUCUGGGGAUGCGUUUUGCUGUGACGCAGGUGAGACGGGCGAUAGUAGAGGUAGUGGAACGAUUCUCAAUCUCUGUCAGCAGCAAAACGAUUGAACCGUUCGAAAUGGAUCCGGACCAGUUUAUGUUGAUGCCCAAGGGCAGCAUUUGGUUGGACUUUAAACCAAUUGCAUAAUACUGAACACGCAUUUUUAUUCACGUUGACAAGGUGCAAUGUAUGUAACUCGGAGUAACAAUAUAAUAAGGUAAAAGUUUUGAAAACGAAAGCCUAAUUCAUAACAUUUCGUGAUACACGAAAACAGAGAGCUUCACAGAGAUGCAAGGAUCGACCUUUAUAGAAAAAACGCUGAACCGUAAUAAAGCAACACACAAAACGUGAACAAAUUAACAGCAAAACAAUAAAAGAGUAAACAUA